AUGCGCUCAACAACGCGGUUCGUGACGCGCCUGUGGACGCGUCGCAAUAGGGCCAUCACCGGCACCUCCAGCAGCUCUCAGCCAAUGUUAUCCACCCACCGUGCCCUAUCCAUCAACGAGGUCAUCUUCAACAUAGCUACCUAUGUAGAAGCCAAGAAGGACAUUGCUUCACUGGCAAGAGUCUCUCGGGCCCUCAGCGAGCCAGCGCUCGACGUUCUGUGGUCAAAUUUGGACUCCUUCAUUCCUUUGCUGCAAUGUCUCCCAUCCAAUCUUGUCGGAGGGAUUGUCGAAGACAACACAUUGUUCUUAUCCCUCGAACGCCCAUUCACCACUGCUGAUUGGCAAACACUGGUUAAAUAUGCUCGUCGCGUUGUGUCCUUGACAUGGACUUCAAAAUCAUUCAAGGGUUUCUCCAUUAGACUUGACGGGCAGCGCGUAGAGCUCACGAGUAUUACAAUUGACGGGGCUCUCUUCACCGUCCUUAGCGUCCCUCCAGUUUCCCGUCUCUUCCCUCGGUUGUGCCGUCUGACGUGGAAAAAGCGAUCUGGCCAAGGGACUUACUCUCUGUUUCGUGCCAUGCUUAGCCCAUCCGUAACUCACUUGGAUAUGUCUUCAUUCGCAUUCUCGAUUUCUGAUCAAGAGGCCUUGAGUCUUGUUGCUAUCCUAGGAGAUUUGUGCCCAUCCAUGCAGCACUUUAAAUGGACGGGCGCACCGCUACUUCCCCGCUCAUUGCCCUCUAAUUACACCGACCAGGCAUUUUCUAGCGUGGCAUGUGCAUGGAAGAGACUUACAUCCUUGUCGUGCCCUGCACUUCAUCAGACUGCUUUGUUACAACUUUCGUCCUCAAGCUACCUCCGCGACAUCACAUGUACCCUGGCUCACUCUUCCCCCGAGACUCGCACUCUAGCGAUCAACCGCCCCGCCUUUCCCGCUCUUACCGCGCUUGCCUUGAGCAGCCCCCCACGUGCCUCCCUAGCCAUCAUCGCUAAGUUUAUCAGCAAGAUAGCAAUCUCCCCGUCGAGCCUGGAUUUUUCUGCGGAUACAACAACAGAACUCGCGCUCACCGAGCUGCUCACUGCAGUCACAGAGCACUGCAACAAGGACACCCUUACCUCCCUGCGUGUUUCAGAAAACUAUGAUAGAUCCUCGGUUAUCGAGGGGGGUCUGGCUCUUAGCUACGCAACCCUUGGCCCUUUGUCUCGCUUCCGUAACCUUACACGCCUCGAAAUCGACACCCACCGGAACAUACUUCUCGAUGACAACGCCCUCCUCGAAAUGGCAGGCAGCUUCCCCGAUCUCAAAAUGCUCCAUUUCAACUCCGGCUAUGCGUGGAGAACUCGUUCGCAAGUGACAUUAGUCGGCAUCCGCCAGCUUAUAGCCCGUCUCGCCAGCAUAGAAACCCUCGCACUCGCAGUCGACGCCGAGACUCAGCCGCUCACCAUGAGCGCAGUUGCCGAAGCCAAUAGGGCACUUGCAGUGCAGUCCGCUCGGGCGACCUCCACGUUAACCUCGCUCAAUCUGUUGGACUCGCGGAUCGACUUGAAUUCCACGCUCGUUGUCGCGGCAUUUCUCUCGGACUUUUUGCCUAACACGGAUACUUCCUUAUCGUGGAAUACGAAACACUCGGAGUUUGGUGACGCAGAUGAACAGGGCCAAAGGUGGACGGACGUAUGGGCAGCGAUGGACGUCAUAUGGCAGGUGAGGGAGCAGGAGAAGGCAAAGUGGACGAAUAAUCGGCAACUAUGUGACGGCUUUUCAGGAAACGUCUAG